GAGCAGGCGUUAGUGUGUGAAGAGAUAGUACGUGUGGGCUCAGUGUGUGAUAAAGCACAUAUUACGUGUGGGUUUAGAGAGGGUGUUAACUAGGAUCACUCGACAGAUGCAGUAGUUGAACACUAUUUACGUAACAUGCAUAACAGUUGAAUGCUGGUGUUUAGAGGUCCCAUAUUUUGUUACAGCUAAAUAUACGAGUUUACACGGAACCGUGUGCGCAUGCAAUACCGCUACUUUAAGCUCAGCCUUCACCAUUGAAUGUAAAUAGUGAUACCAAGUGAUAGCAGCAGGCUGACAACCGAGUAGUAUACACACUGUAUUCAGCGCUAUAUACAUUGCGAAUAUCUGAUAGUAAAGUAUAGUACUAUUCGUGCAAUACACCUGCAUCAGCAUGCCGUCAGUCACCGACAAACCACGGUCACUGAGUGUCAAGGGCGCUCUUCUGAACACCAAAUUCGAAGGCUACAAAAUCAACUUCCAUCCCAGGGAGGAGCAGCAGAUAGAGUUACCUUCUAACGUGUACACGUAUACGGGAGAUGCAGAUACGGCUACGCACACAAACACGCACACAGUAGCCUUCUACAGGGAUGUGGAGUUGUGGAAUAACCUGUACAGGAAUCCCUGGGUGGAGGAUGCGGUCUAUUAUUUUGACUACGCAGGGGGGUUACAACAGGUGCUUGCUAAGGCCAACGGCGAGCAGUGCAGACUCACAACACUCACACACCAUGUGAGAGAACCAGAGGCUAUUGCACGGUCAUCUCUGAUGUUCGUGUCGGCGAAUAUAGCUGUGUACACGCUCACAGACGCAUGCGUGUACGUAUGCUUUCUGCAAAAUGGCGGAGAGGCAGUUGUCUCGACCAUUUCCAUUCCAGCCAGUGACGCCUCAGCAUCCAUCAGAGUCGUUGAUGCGUUACUCAUAGACACAGUACUGCGUGUGGUAGUGCAGGAGAUGACCACAGAGAAGACUGAGCCUGCCGCUACAUCAGACACGACCGUAAGGUCAAGCACAAGCAGCAGCUAUGGGUUGAGGAUAGCUACCUUGGCCGUGGAUGUGGCCAAUCGCACAUGCAGCGCACGAGCACUCUCUGCCAUUAUCAAAGGGUCGAAGCGUCCAGAUUACGUCGCAAUGACAGCCGAUGCUACUGGUCUCUUGGUAGUAUGCGAAGAACAGUUGAGUAGCGCUUCGACCGCGACGCUUGCGAACGAUACCGUAGACGCUAUGGAAGAAGAAGAUUUAGAUCCGCCCACCCCGUACGUGUGGACGCAGACCGAUGACUCUGUGAGUCUGAGCUUCAAGGUCCCAGAGGGUACACAAACUACACAAAUAAACGUUGACAUCAAAUCCAAAGCGAUAAUUGCCAGCAUUGGCGGGGACUUUCUACCGGGCUUUGGCGAUAUGUACGCGCCAGUCGACGUGGAUUCAUGCGUGUGGACAAGAGAAGGAAAUGUAGUAGACGUUCAUCUGGAAAAAGCCCAGCACACAGGCAAUAGAUGGGUGUAUGUCUUUGAAGACGAUCAGACCGCCGAGACUAUGGACCCCUCCAAAAUGAGAGGGAUGCUUGACGCCAUGGAGAAAUACAUGCAGCAGACUAAAACUCCAGGAAUGGGAGGCGGCCUUGAGCGGGUGGCUGGUCUGGAUCAAAUGGAAGAGGUGGACUUUGAUGACGGGCCAAUUCUCAGUGUGUACAAGUACACCAUCGCCGAGUCAACCCCCACAAUCACGAUUUCACCACAACCAACCAGCACAACGGCACUGGGUGGUAGUCAAUGGCAAUUCCCAGUGCUUCCCAUCGAGCCUUCGUAUCGUCCCGCGUUUGCACUGAAGACUAAUGUAGAUAUCGCCAUUUUCACUCAAGAGAAAGAUGUAAACUCUACACCAUUCUCGCAUACCGUUACUUUCGAUGCAUUGGCUUACGUUUUGGCGUCCAAACGGAAUCUCAAACUUAAGUCUGUGCCCACGGAUACUUCUUACGCCGCUGCUUGCGACUGCUUCAGUCAAGUGUACAUAUACAAUAAACCAUCAGAACCUGGAGGCACCAAAGCAGAUCAAUCUAUAUUCACAUUGCCCACCACUGAUCGGAUUGUGGGGCUACAAGCGCUGCCGAAAGCGAUAGUUGUACUGACUGAUAAAGCAAUAUAUAUACAAUGGCUGUAGAAAUAAAUAUAAAUUAUAACUUUGAAUGAAAUGUGCCGCUGUAAUAUAGAGCGUAAUUGCGGAUGCGCUAAUUCUCAGUUUACGCUACCAGCUGAAGUUGAAAUUCA